AUGUCUUUUCGUCUCAAGGCCGUGGGUGCCUAUUUGGCUGGGUUCGCCACGCUGGCAGGGGCAAUUCGGCCUCUAGGAUCGUCAUUUGGAAUCCCCGGCAAAAAUGCGACCUUCGACUAUAUCGUCGUUGGCGGAGGUAAUGCCGGCUUGACCAUUGCUGCACGUCUGGCGGAAGGACAGAGCGGCACUGUCGCUGUGGUCGAAGCUGGCACAUUCUACGAGAUCGGCAACGGGAACAACAGCCAAGUCCCAGGGCUGGACGAUAAUAACAUCUCCAAAGACCCGAAUGACUGGCAGCCUCUCAUCGACUGGGGAUAUGUGACAAGUCCGCAAAAGGAUGCACUCGACGUUGAAAUGCACUAUGCACGCGGCAAAUGUCUGGGCGGAUCGUCGGCCAGAAACUAUAUGAUCUAUCAGCGCGGUACCAAUGCCUCAUAUCAGCGGUGGGCUGAUCUGGUAGAUGAUCAGAGCUACACGUUCGACCGACUGCUGCCCUACUUUGAGCGCAGCGUCUGCUUCACGCCGCCCAACCAGGAGCUUCGCUUCGCCAACUCCAGCCCAGCCUAUGACCCCUCGGUGAUGGGUGACUGCCGAGGUCCCUUGUCGCUCUCCUAUUCCAACUAUGCGUUUUCGUUUGCAUCAUGGGCCACCGAAGGUCUGCGCGCUCUGGGAAUCCCGUCUAUUGACGGCUUUCUGAGCGGUUCUCUCCUCGGCCAGUCGUACGUCGUGUCUACCAUCAAUGCGACGACCAUGACACGAGACUCGUCAGAGACGUCCUUCAUGCGCAGCGCCUUGGAUCGCCCCAACUUUACCGUGUAUUCGCUGAGCAUGGCCAAGAAGAUCAUCUUCGGCCCGGAAAACAACGGUAAAAAAGCGUCCGGAGUCAUGGUGGACACCCAAGGUGCCCAGUAUACACUGACGGCCACGAAAGAAGUCAUCGUGUCGGCAGGCGCGUUUGCCUCGCCGCAGUUGUUGAUGGUGUCGGGGGUCGGGCCGGGCGCGGACCUGGAAAAGCUGGGCAUCCCCGUUAUUGCGGACCGGCCCGGCGUGGGCCAAAACAUGCAGGACCAUCUCUACUUUGGCCCCUCCUACCGAGUCAAUGGCGAGACGACAUCCUCACUGGGCAAUGCCACCUUCGCCGCCGAAUCCAGUCGCCAAUUCCAGGAACAUGCAUCGGGCAUGCUAACCAACCCGUCCAACGACGUCCUAGGCUGGGAGAAGUUCCCAGAGCCCCUGCGGAACAACAUGCUGUCUGCCGAGACGCGUCACACCCUGGACCAGUACCCGGCCGACUGGCCUGAAGUCGAAUACUUGGCCAUUGCGGGCUAUCUCGGGUACCAAAAUAUUUCAGGCGGCAGUGAUCCGCACGAUGGCUCCAACUAUGUGACCAUGGGCGUGGCGCUGGGCAUGCCACAAUCGCGCGGAAGCGUCACACUCGCGUCGGCUGAUAAUUCCGUGCGACCCAUCAUUGACCCAAAAUAUUUCUCCAACCGAGUUGACGUCGAGGUGGCCGUGGCCGGGUACAAGCGUGCGCGCGAGUUCUUCGGGACUGCCGCUGUCCGACCGUUCCUGCAGGGCGAGGAGGCCUUUCCCGGUCCCCGUGUCUCUUCGACUGAUGCAGAGCUUGAGCAGAUUAUCAAGGAGACUUUCUUGACGAUUUUCCACGCCUCGUGCACUUGUUCCAUGGGGCGGUCGGACGAUCCCAUGGCUGUUGUUGACUCGCAGGCGAGGGUAUAUGGUGUUUCGGGCCUGAGGGUUGUCGAUGCUUCUGCUUUCCCGCUUCUCCCACCGGGUCAUCCGAUGGGCACUGUCUGUAAGUUUGAUUUUCAUCGCAGUCUGAAGUCUGUGAACUGA